GCCUAUAUGAGCGAGGUUACAGAUCCCGAGGUUAUUUAACCCGGGUCCGUUGGUCUGGUCGUACUGAGGUCGUAUCGCCAGAAAAACGUAUUCGACGACUUUGUUUUGUAUGCUAUGUUGCUCUUUCGAAUUUCGAAUUUGUUUCAUUAUUUGUACUUUGCUGUUUGGACAGAGUUUCGUCAUGGUGAGAGGAGAGUAUUUGGUAUGUGACCAAAUACUCUCUCACACGGUCUCUCCGGACGGAAACUUGGCGUGCCUGGGAUAGGUGGACAGAUGUGCGUUAAAGGACUGUAGAUUUUAUUGGACAUUUUAUAGAAUGGAGUGCGAGCUGAGGCCGAGACUUUGUUUCUUAACUAAAGGGGCAUCCGGGUACGGAUUUCACCUUCACGGCGAGCGGACUAAAGGCGGACAGUUCAUACGGAAAGUGGAACCGGGUUCUUCGGCCGAGCUUGCUGGGCUGCGCGCGGGGGACCGUGUGGUUGAAGUGAACGGGGAGAACGUGGAAGACGAGACGCACCAACAAGUGGUGUGUCUUAUCCGAGCGGUAGAACACCGUACCAGGCUGCUGGUCGUGGACAGAGAGACCGAUGAAUACCUGCGUCGUUGCGGCCUGGCGUGCACUGAGGACCUCGCCGUUGAGACGGGCAACCUCUCCCCCCGGUCCUCUGUGCCAGCCUGCCCCCCCUGCCCCCCCUCGCCCGCGCGCGCCCCCGCCGAGGCCCUCUCCGACACUCCGGGGUCACCAGACGGAAUGGACGAGGGCUCGCCGACGGCCCGCGCCAUGACGGACAGCGACACCAGAGGGCCGUCGGAGACAGAGUCGUCGGACGCGGACCUCCCCACAGCGAUGGUAGGACUUUGUCCUCGCCUGUGUCACCUGGUGAGGGGGGGGCAAGGGUACGGCUUUAACCUGCACAGCGACAAGACGGGGCGAGGGCAGUUCAUCCGCAGUGUGGACCCAGGGUCGCCCGCGGAAUACGCCGGCCUCAGACCGCUCGAUCGACUGGUGGAGGUGAAUGGAGUGAACAUCGAGGCGCUAAAACAUUCGGAGGUGGUGUCGUUCAUCCGGGGAGGGGGCGACGAGACACGACUCCUGGUGGUUGACGCAGAAAUGGACAAGUUGUUUAAGAGGCUCGGGGUCACACCUACCGGUGCACAUGUCAAAGAGGUGAAUGUGGACGAGCCGAUUACAGACAGUGCCCCGCCCUCACCCUCUCCAACCACAGACCCCGCCUCCCCGAAUCCACCGAUCAUCAACGUCACCCUGAUGGGCUCACCAAUCCCAAACGGCUCUCCCAAGUCACGGACCUAUGACAGCUCAGCGUCCCAGUCGUCACGGAACUCAACUACCAAAUCAGAAUUCAGCAACUCGGUUAUGAAUACUCAGGCCGCUGAGGACGAUGAACGGUGUGUGCUGGACCCAUUCCUGAUCAGCGGAUUGCGUCUGAGCCCCACGGCAGCCGAGGCCAAAGAGAAGGUGAGGGCCAAGCACUCCAAGAAGAGAGCGCCCCCUAUGGACUGGACCAAAAGACAGCAGAUCUUCAGUAAUCUCUGAAAAUCCCAGAAACACAUUGAACCGUCCCUAAAACGGUCUUAAAGACAGGACAGAACCGUCGCUACAAUGGUCUUGAAGACGGUUCUGUACCAGUCAAGGUUACAAACUCCAGUAAUUAUUUUUGGUCAGCAUAUACAGACCAAAUUAACACCUCAACCCGGAACGAUUUAAAUUGAAUGACGAACUGGUUUCCUCACGGGUUUAUCCACGCACUAAAACGCUCCCCCAGCGUUUUCACCCUGGAACGGACGGUGAACUGAACCCAGACAGAACGUCAAGGUGAAAACCAUCGUGACUGAAGUACUGACUCUGGAGUCUCCAAUGAGGAACAGCCUUUGGAGGUCAACACCAUGGUGACCCUGAGAUUACAAGUCACGAACCAAACUUCUCUGAUGUUUAUAGAGAUAAUAAACUACACACUCUGGUGUUUAAAGGCUGCCAAGUAACAGUUCCUUAAAGCAGCGAUUCUCAACCUGGGGUCCGAGGGGUCCCGCAGAUUGUCCCGAGAGCAGCAGAAAAUGGGUAUACAUUUGUUUAGUGGGUGUUGCAAUAAAGAAAAGGUACAUCUUAAAAGUACAAUUCAUUUAUCAUAACAGCAGGUCGGUAUCUAUUAUUUUCAGUGAUAAAAUGUACUCUACAUUUAAGCAGCAGAAGUUUUUAUUCUAAGAAAUUCCAGGACUCCGCAAAUGGUGUUCCAAACCAUAUUUGGACUGUGAUUGGUGGUCCCCGGAACGGGAAAAAGGUUGGGUGCCCCCCCCGUGCGACUGUCUUAAAGGUAUCCAUGCCGUGCUUCAUUCAAACCCACCACAGUUAACCUGACGCAGUGUCUCGGACUGCACCAGCACACCCCGGCCCACGUCCCUUUACUUCGGAAAAGUGAAAGCACAGCCGUGAGCAAAGCCGAGGGAUGUCGGGUCGCCCCCCCCAUACAAGAUUCGGUUCUCUGCCGAUAUGUAUGGGCCCCACCUCGCGCCCCCAUCGCUUGUCCGAGCUCCGGGGUGAUGUGCGCCGUUUUGGGCCGACGUUCAGUGACCGUUCAGUUCGAAACCCACGCGAUCGACCGUUAUACACGCGCCCCCCUGUUCAAAACUCUUCCCGCAGCGAUGACUGUGAGAGGCAGUCACCCAGUUCAUUUUAUACAGUCUCCCGGAUCACUCUGUCAUUUUGUGCAUCGGAAACAGUGUUUUCUGCUGCAAUGCGGGUUUGAUUGAACCGAGUGUCCACCGUCUUAAUAAAUGUAACUCGUUGUGCUUUAGACAUUUUACAAACCAAAAUGCAUCCUAAUGGAAAAAAUGACUGCACUAUUUAGAGACUAGGGGGUGAUUUAGGACACACAAAGAUAAACUCUGUAUACUUCCGUACUCCAUGGGAAUCAUUUAGGGCUCAUCCAGAUAGACUCUGUAUACUCCUUUACUCCAUGGGAAUAAUUUAGGAUUCAUCCAGAGACUCUGUACUGUCCUGUACUUCAUGGGAAUCAUUUAGGAUUCAUCCAGAUAGAAUCUGUACACUCUUGUACUCCAUGGGAAUCAUUUAGGAUUCAUCCAAAUAGAAUCUGCAUACUCCUGUACUCCAUGGGAAUCAUUUAGGAUUCAUCCAGAGACUCUGUACUGUCCUGUACUUCAUGGGAAUCAUUUAGGAUUCAUCCAGAUAGAAUCUGAACACUCCUGUACUCCAUGGAAACUGUUUGAGAAAAGGUUUUCAUGUAAUUAUGAGUUAUGAUAGUGACAUUAUGUUAUAUUAUUUGUGUGGAUACAUAACUUAAUAAGAUGGUUAUUGCUAAGGUAAGCACAUAAGUACCUUUAUUAAUUACAAUCUGCAUUCUAGAGAUGUACUGUUAGGCUGAUACAAUUAGAGAUGUACUGUUAGGCUGAUACAAUUAGAGAUGUACUGUUAGGCUGAUACAAUUAGAGAUGUACUGUUAGGCUGUUACAAUUAGAGAUGUACUGUUAGGCUGAUACAAUUAGAGAUGUACUGUUAGGCUGUUACAAUUUCAGGUUUGGAGAUAAGUAAGCAUGUACACACACACACACACAUUUCCACAGACACACUUAUCUGGAUAUACACCCACGCUUACACACACACCCUUGCUCAAGCAUUGCACAUCUGUGUCUUUCUGUAUUGGAGCAGAGAGAACAGAAUACCUAGAAAAUGUGAGAUGCCAGUUAAGCUGUAUUAAUGUACUGUUUGACGGUGGUGUUUCUGGUCACACAAACGCUUCCACUGCAGGCAAACGUGUAUCUCUUCCCAGUCAUUAAUAAAUUAAAAACAUUGAUGAA